AUGGCAGAAGAAGGCAAGCAGCUUGAAUGCUUUGCCGUUCGUGCUGCAUGCAGCAAUUUGUUGCUUAGCACGGCAAGUGUAUUAAUGGCAAAGUCAAAUUCCGGAGCAAUUGCUGAUUUCUACUUCUAUGAGGGAUUGCUACAUUUGGAUGGGAACCUAAUUGAUGCUGCCAGUGGAGGAGUUCUUGUUGACAAAACACCCAAUGAAGCUAAUGCGUUGAUCUCAAACAUGGCUGAAAAUGCUCAACAGUUUAGAACGAGAGCUAAUGGCAGUGUUGUGUACCAGGUGCAAGCAACUCCGACCCAGCCUUCAGCAGUGGCAUCAAGUGCUGACAAUCAGCUAAUUGAAAAUAGACUUCAUGAAUUUGAAACCAUGGUGAGACAAUUGGCAGUUACCCAGACAAUCCAGACUUCUGCUCCACAGUUCGGCAAUCCAUGUGGCAUAUGCAGUGAACCUUUUCACCCCACUGAUGCUUUCCCUUCUCUACACGAGGGCUCCAUUCUUGCAGACCAGUCAGUAGCUGCAGUCUUUCUUGAGAAACCACAGUUCCAGCAGGAGCAGAAUAAUCCAUUCUCCAACACUUACAAUCCUGGCUGGAAGAAUCAUCCCAACCUCAGAUGGAACCAGAAUCAGCAAAAUGUUCCAUAUCAAAGUCAACAAAAUUUUCCAUACCAGCAAAAGCAGCAGUUCAUUCCACAGCAGAGACAAAACUUCCAACAACCUGCUCCCCAACAGUUGCAACAACAACCACCAGUGAAGCAACAAAACAGCGGUUGUGGUCCUUCUUUGGAGGACUUGAUGAAACAGAUGGCCACCAACAAUCUGGAGUUUCAACAGAGGACAGAAUCCAUAAUCCAGAAUUUGCAGACAAAUCGGACAGUUCCAAAUCCAAAGGGAACCGACAAUGUUAGUGCCAUCUCUCUGCGGUCUGGCAAGCAACUGGAGGAGCCAAACCAAUCUGCUGUUGAGUCAUCUCAAGGAGGUGACACUGGUUCAAGGAAGCAGAAUACUGAUACUUCUGAUGUCCACAUCCCGUUACCUUUUCCUCAAAGAGCCACUCAGUCUAAAAAGCAAGCAGCAAAGGCUCAAGAUAAAGAGAUUCUUGACACUUUUAGAAAAGUAGAGGUAAACAUCCCACUCUUGGAUGCGAUUCAGCAAAUUCCAAGAUAUGCCAAGUUUUUGAAGGAGUUGUGCACCAACAAGAGGAGGCUAAAAGCAGAUGAGCGAGUCAGCGUCAGCCAGAAUGUGUCAGCACUCAUCCAGCCCAUGCCUAAGAAGUGUCAAGAUCCAGGGACAUUUACUAUUCCUUGCAUUAUUGGAAAUUCUGUUUUUCAUAAUUGUAUGUUAGACUAA